UUAAGCCCUUACAAAGAAGGGUCUGUUUUGUAUAAAUAGGCUCCGAAACUACAGAACUGAUUUUAAAAAUUCUAACACCUAAAGCUAUAUCCUACGCGGGUGACAUAGGUUAUAAUAUACGUGGGCAAAAUCACGGCAAAACAGCUACUUUUUAUAUAGAUUAAUACCUUAUUUAUAAUUGAAAUUCAUGUAAAAUGUGCAAGAGCACAGUUAAAGUUGUAAAUACUGUCGGUUAUAAACUUUAGUUAAACCGCAGUCAAGCAACCAACUGACAGAGAGAUAUGAGCAAACAUAGACAAUUAUUUGUAUCUGUUCAAUCUAUAAUAGGCUAUAUUUUAUCCCGAAAAAUAGCAAAUAAAGGAAUAAAAAUGGGAAUGAAAUUUUGUAUAGGGGCUUAAAACGUUACCAUAGUAACCAUUAUUUACUAUUCAAUUUAUCAUUGUAAUUAUAAACAGUUCCCUAGGGACUACGCGAUUAAAGCCUCUGGCGGUAAGUUAGUAGUUUUAUAAUGACCAGCGGCUUCGCCCGCGUGGUCUCUAGGGAAAUGUUAAGUGGGAUUAAAAGUAUCCUAUUAUCUAAGUCAGCUAAUACCCUAUCUGUAUACCAAAUUUCAUCAAAAUCCGUUCAGUAGUUUCGGCGUGAUUUAACUUUUUUAAUUUGGGAUGACUGAGAGUGUUAUAAACGUAAGAGUAGACAAUAGACAAAUACAAUCAGAAAGCUUCGAACUGCUAAGCUAUCGGGAGUUACACUUGUUAUUGUGAGUCAACCAUAAAAGAUAGACAUAUGCUGUCGUGGGAUAUUUUUUGUAUAAUUUUAAGGAGAACAUGUCCGUCAUACAUGAUUUCUGGGUAGCUUUAACCAUUAAGUUUGCACACGCGACGGAAGCUUAAAAAAUGGAGUAACUUCUCCCGUUUUCCCAACAUUUCCCUUCACUGCUCUGCUCCUGUUGAUUGUAGCGUGAUGAAAAGUAUACUUUAACCAGCUCAGGAGUAUGAAAAAUAAAUGUACCAAGUUUCGUUAAAAUCCAUCGAGUAGUUUUUGUUUCUAAAACGGUUAUACAGACAGACAGACAUAAAAUUUACUGAUUGCAUUUUUGGCAUCAGUAUCGAACCCUAAUUACCCCCUGAUAGUUAUUUUGGAAAUAUAUUUCAUGUACAGAAUUGACCUCUCUACAGAUUUAUUAUAAUAAUCAUUUUUAUUUAUUCUCCUCACAAAAACUUACAUUGCAUUGGGUAAAUACAUAAAUAUUAUUAAUAUUAAUGCUGUGAGGAGCUGGUGUUUGAAAUGGGAUUAACCUGUAUUGCAAAUCACCAGGACCCCACCCCUCGGCAUGUUACAGAAUUUCGUUUUAUAGGUACUCAUCAUACAAUGCUGUAAUAUAAAAAUAAAAAAGAAGAGAAAUAUUAAUAAGAUAACAUAUAGAUUAAUAAGAUAUAGAAGAAGAUUAAAAAUUUAUUUGUUCAUACAAGCAUUGAACACUAGCACUAGACUUUAUUAAAUUUGCGUUUAAAUUAAAGCCUAUAUCACACGCAAACAAUCAAUAUUUCCUCAAUAUAACAUUAGUAAAGACAAAUAACUGAAUAGGUAACAAAUUCGUUUCCACAUCAGCUAUACAACUGUGCUUAAUAGUGCCGAGUUAUUAGAGAUCAGAUAAACACUAUAAAACUAGUUUAAUUAAAAAGUCAGGAUUGUUAAACUAUUAAACGGCUUAUUAAUAUUGCAUCUUCAAUCGACUCACAUCCGACUAACAAUUUCUAUUCCUCAGUCGAUGCAAUUCGUUCUCCCAAAUUGGCCAUAAAAUUUCUAUAAUUUGAUCAUUACAUUCUAAACGGAAAGUCGAUAGAACAAUAAUAGGAAUCCUACAAACCGCAUUUCGCUUAUUUUUACUGACCUGCAUCAUAUGGCCUUGAUACUGCAUCAUUAUUUUAACAUCCAUCAACUGCUACAGUUCCCUGCUGUGAUUGAUGUCUGUAAAUAUGAUCAAAAAAUGGACGUGCAUUCGCUCGACGCCACCUCAGAAGCCACAAAAAUGAGCUUUAAUUCCACGACACAAGAUACUACAUCCCCAACACUUCGAGCCGUCGCAAGACAAAGAACAUGCACACCUUUAUAAUUACGCGAUGCCACCGACUGAACUUGACCCAUACAUUUUUCAUCGAGACACUCCAAAGUCAAAUCGAUCAACCACGGACAGUAUUCUCGCCAGGGGUUCUUCUCAAAUUGGUUUGAUAAUAACGUGAUGAGUCAGUCAUAAUUAAGAUGGAGCGCUUUCCAAACGAAAGGUGGCUGGUGUCGAGACAUCGCCAUUAUACCGCGCCCGGUGAACCACGAGGCAAUUAUGAUCUUUUUGCUGAAGAACCGUUAGGUUAACUUAGAUGCGGGGUAAAUACUCACCGGGCGCAGUGUGGACGCUGACGCCGCGCCGUGCGCACGCGACCAUUGAUAGCAUCAUGUCGCCGCGAACCCUCGUCAUGUUGGUCGCUAUAGCAUGCGUGGGGCAGGUCGCGGCCAGACCUGUACGGAGAACCCUCAACUUCAAUAUGUUCGUGUUGCGUCCUAAACAGGAUGCUUUAGAUCGUGUAUUGCUUACAACCGAUGGAGUAUCCCGCUUCGGACCUAUCCUGGAGUACUUGGUGCAGCGGGUGCAAGGAAUGAUGUCUGUGAAACGACCACUCGAGGAGAGCAUACACGCGGAUGUACCUAUAGUCCCAGUAGCUGAUGCAGCUGAUAAUGAAAUUGACGGCAGCCAAAAACCAAAGUCUCCAGGUGUAGUCGUACGCCCUUCCAGAACGAAGCCGGGCACUUACGAGGUGGAAAUCGAUGUCGUCGUAGAUGAUGGGCAACCUGAUGAUGGACACCCCAGCAACAAUUGACGUGAUCCUCGCUAACUGUUAAACCGAAUCGUCUAGUGAUAUUGUUAAAACAAUGAUAUUUUUAUUUAAUGUUAGCGUAGCGUAAAUGAGCCUAUUUAUUGAUUAAUCUCUAUUUAUUCUUGCCAUAUUAUUAAGUGAAAUAAAUUGUAUUUUUUGUUUUCCUUUGGUCUGUUAUUUUUAUUAAGCUAUAUCUAGAAAUAGCUAUCAAAUAGUUGAUUGUACAAGAAAAAGAAAUGUAGUGUUUUUUUAUAUCUAAGUAUUUAAAUAAUAUUUAAAAUGAAUUUCUUCGAGCCGCUCGGCCACGGGUUUCUACUUACAAGUUUUAU